CGUCCAUGACCUCUCUUAUCUUCUUUCCGGAAAAAUCAUUUAUUUUGUCACCUCUCAACAGAUGAUGCCGUCAAACCCCAAAAAGCGACAGCGCGUGCUCCACCACCGCCACUUGUCCAAUGCCGCCACCACCACCCACCUCUCCUCCACCGCCGCUUUAAUUGAUUCCUUCUCCGAUAGAACCGUUGCAGAAACCUCCCAGAAGCUGCGUCGCACAUCCUCUCACCCCUCCUUCCGAUCUUCAUUCUCAUCCUUAUCCUCAUACGCCUCCACCACCACCGCCGCCGACAACUCAUUCAACGAUCCCACUACAGCUGAUGUCAUCCUUCGCCUUUUUCUUGACCAAACAGCUCCCUUCAACGAUUCCGAUGAUUCAAUUUCCGCUGUCGAUGAACAAUCCGACGUCCAGAUCUACCUCCAUUCCCAAGUCAUCCGCCGCGCUAAGUAUUUCUCCGCCCUCUUAUCCGACCGUUGGCAGCACAAUUCGCCAAUUGAAUCCACCGAUCCCAUUUCCGAUUCCAAGAAUUUGACUUCUCUCAAAUUUGGAGUCACGCCUUCCCAAGGCUCCAUUGAUAUUCAUUUAACCGUGCUUGAACUCCUUUACACUGACGAUUUCAGCAAUGUAAUCAACUCUGCAUCUAUGGCUCUUGAUAUUCUACCGGUGGCCUUGCAAUUGUUAUUCGAGGAUUGCGUGAAGAAUUGCGUUAAAUUCCUUGAAGCAGUCCCGUGGAGCGAAGAGGAGGAGAAGCGUGUGCUAACUUUGAUUCCUUUUUUGCGAGAGGAAGAAUCUGAAGAGCUUCUAGCUAGGUUUUCUCCAGGAAAGGAUGAUUCAUGUGAAGAAAUGCUUCACGGAUUGAUCUUAUCAGCAAUUCAUAACCAUCCAAACAUGGCGUUUGUGAAGGCGUUCGUGGCGAAGCUGUUGAGAGAUUUUUCGUCGAAGGAGUCGGCGAGGAGGGUUUUGGAGAGAGCUUUUGAGGAGAGUUUAAAGAUUGUGAAGGAAUCGCUAGAGGAGUAUUCGAGUCCUGAUUUUAGAGGGGACCAUAAUGAGACAGAAGCGAUACAAAGGCUUAAUUUGCACAAGGCCUUGACCAAUGGGAAGCAUCUGUUGUGGCUGGUGGAGAGGAUGAUUGAACUGAGGGUGGCCGAUAGUGCAGUGAAGGAAUGGAGUGAGCAGCCGGCUUUCACCGCUGAUUUGCAGCGCGCUUUUAGGGAUGAUGCCUGGAGGAAUAUCGUCCCAGGUCUUCCUGCUGUUCUGCUUCGUUGCACAUCUAAACUGGCCAAUGCGGUUGCUGCUGGGACCAUUUUGGCUGCUCGACAGGUAAGGAUGAAGCUUGUAAAGGACUGGCUUCCUGUUCUUAUCGUAUGCAGAGACAAUGUAUCACCAAUGUCACCUGGUCACAAGUCACUGUACAUAGAGCUGGAAGAGACAUUCCUUAGAAUUAUCUCUACAUUGCCCAUGUCAGAAGCACAAGAGAUGUUGCAGCAGUGCCUCAGCUUUUCAACUCGAAAUGUUGAAGAUUGUCCUCAUUUGGUCUCUGCAUUCAACACCUGGUUUCGCCGAGCAAUGCGACCCCCACAAAGGAACCUUUUUUAGAAUGAUGCUACUCCACCCCCACAAAGGAACCUUUUUUAGAAUGAUGCUACUCCAUGGAGUUUUUGCAUUCAUUCUCAAAUGUUGUGUAUAUUAGAAUUUACCCGUUGUUGUGUGGAUUGCUCUGUAUAUAAAACCUGACUGUAUCAGGAGCAAAACUAAUUCUCUGGGUCAGUAGCUUUGUCGUAGCAGUCAAAUGCAUGUCGAACGCCUUCACCAUGUGGCUGUUUACCAUAGCAUGGGAUGUAAAUAGCUCUUUCCACCUUUUUACUGGAAACUGAGUGUUGAUGCA